UUAUGUAGGCGAUCCUUUCAGAAACUUUAAAUUAACUGCUAAAAAAAUCAAACAAGUAAAUAAACAAAUUCCAACAAGUAAAAAACGCAAAGUGGCAUUUUGGGUAUUGAAAAACAUUCAUAGUUCAAUUGAACAUUUGAAGAAAAGUUUGUGACAAUGAACAAGAAAGCGCGAGUAUUGUCCAAUAAGCAAAUUCAAACCACAAUCGACAAAAUUAAACUGUGCUGUCCGGACUAUCAGAUUCAAGUGUCUGAUAUUCGAAAUCCCACCAAAUGCAGUGUCAUGCAGUUUUUCGGCAAUUGCAUCUAUAACAUGGACCAAAAGUUCAGUUCCCUUAUGAGAGAAGAGGCUUUGGAACAAGAAGUUUUCCCCCAAGGAUGCACCCAAGAAGAAACCAUGUACUGGAAACUACUGAAAAUACCUACACUUUUAACAGAGGAAUUUGCGCUGGGAGAUUUGUACACGUUUGAGCCGAAGCGAUUGAACAAAUUAAUGUUUGUGACAACACGUUACCUUUUAUUUUCGAAUACUAUAAUCGAUUACAUGAUGGAAGUGUGCAACAGCGUUUACGAGGCCCGGAUCAAAGGUGAACAGAACGAGGCUCGCUUGGAUGAGGCGAAACAGAAGAAACUGGAUAAAGUGGCUUAUCUGGCAGAGGUCAAAGAGGAAAAUGCUCAACUAGCCAAACUAGCAGCAUCUAUUGCACCCCAGUAUGAGACCACUUUGCAUCUAAUCGCCGAGUGGAAAGGACGGGACAAGCAAUCAAGAGAGCAGGCAGAAAAAUUGAAAAUUGACUUGCAACUGAUCGAGAGCGAAAUUGAAGUACUGAAAAAGAAGGAAAAUCAACUCAAAAGCAAAGUCGUUCCUGAAAAGGAAUACAAGAAGCUACAUCAAGAUCUGCAAGCCCUUAUUAGCGAUGCUGAGGGCCUUGAGGAAGUUGACAAUAACAACGGGUUGCUUGAACUGAAGCAGAAUGUUGAUUAUCUCCGAAUGUGUGUGCAGGAGUUGAAAUCCUUUCGUCUCCCCGAUGAACUACUAAAUCUCUCCAACUUGCGAAUACACUUUAAAACGGAAGAACAAAACUUAGAGUACCAAGUAGCUGCCCAAAAAAAAGAACAGGCAGAAAUAAAUCGGCUGAACGAGCAGCUGGAACGUGAACUGGCUGCCAGCAUUGCCGAAAACGAAGCACUGAAGACAAUUCUGAAGGAAUCCACAGAGGAAGCAAUGUUGAAAGAGAGCAAAGCAAAGGCGGAAUAUAAAUCAAAACAGUACGAACAGCAACUGGAAACUGAAGAAUUGCAAAAAAGCAUUGCAGAGAGUGAAACGGAAUAUGAAAAAUUGCAGGCAGUUUUCUUGCAGAAGCUUGAGGAGAUCGGCAAACAGCAAGAGGAAGUGCGUAAUAAAUUUGAGAGUUUCCCGAAAUCAUUACAGCCAUAAUUUUUUAACGUUUUGGUUUUUGGUUCGUUAUUACAAUGGCAAAAGCCCAUAAAGUUUUUUUUCUUGUAGAAUACCGUUUGAUACUAUUUUAUAACAUCAUUGUAUUGUAUAGAAGAAUAAAUAUUUAUUACGAAUAAUA